AUGCAAUCACACGACGAACUCGCUGAUCUCUUUUCUCGAAACUUCUCCCUGGAGCCUGUUCAGCAACUCACACAGGUCCAGGUCCCGAACCAAGAACCGAAGAUUGUCUACAUCUCGGCGCAUUACAACCACUCAGCCCAUGUUCGUACCCAGGAUACGCAACCAUCACAGCCUGCCCCCAGAGGGACUUCGGAGCCGCCAGCACUUUCUGAAGUUGAAGCUGUCCUCAGAAAGCACCAAGUCAACACAGCAGGCCUGUCCCGUGCCCAGCUCCAGCUUUUCAAAUCAGUGGACGAUCCGCAGCGCUACAGGCUGAUUGAUCUUUGGCGCAACUGCCCUCCUACAAACCGUAGCGACAACCCUACAAUGGGCUGGAGCAUAACAAGCGUCAACCAGGAAGAGAUCCUGGCCAAGAACCGAUGGGAGCAACAGCAACAACAACAGCAGCAGGUUGCUGAACAAGAAGUGACCAUGAGUCUCGAUGGAACUCCCCUGACCCCGGUCCAGGCAGGCGAUGGACGUUGGAUCGCGGCGGACUCAGUUCAUGAUAUGGAGCCCUACAUGGCCUCGGGUUAUGAGGAAAUGGCUCGCCGUGAGUAUGAAGAGUCCGCCCGUCGAGCAUUUGCUGAAUCUGUGGAACGGACCAAGACCCUCACCAUUGCCACCGGUGGCCCGACUUUUAACCCCGCGCACUCGGACCCUGUUUAUGCCAACUCGGGGGUGGACUGGAGGCAACAACAAAGCGCCAUGGAGAACCAAUACGGAAGAUUGAUGGCGUACAGGGAUGAUGAGGAGAUGCUGUGA